AUGGUACAACACCGUCUACAACAAGUGGAACAAUUACACCUACAACAAGUGGUACAACACCAUCUACAACAAGUGGAACAGUUACACCUACAACAAGUGGAACAAUUACACCUACAACAAGUGGUACAACAACAUCUACACACACGCAAGACACAUCAACAAAUGCACAAGACCCAGGAGACACUGACCAACAGACAGCAGAUGAACGUGAAAGCAACAAGUAAUAAUAUUCCCAUAAUUGCUGGAGGUGCAGCUGCCGGUGUUGUUGCAUGUGCUGUUGUUGGAACUGUUAUAGCGGUGAAAGUCUGCGCAAAAUCCGCUGUCUCCAGCGUUCCUCAAGCAGCUACAUACCAGCCACCACCAUCAGUUCCCAACGCCGCCAGCUACGACAGCCCCCCAGGCAAUAAUUCUGGUAACCAAGGCAACACAAGGAAUAAUGGUCUUCGAGGAGGUCAAGAUGGGCCCGCAAAGACAAAACCGCAAAUUAAACUUCCUAAACCGACGAAACCGCCACCAACUCAUCUGCCUUCAGUGCCGAAUGCUCCAGCACCUCCUGCUGCAAACAAUGGCCUGUUUAUGGACUACCAGAUGCCUCAACUACCAUCAAUCAAUGGGCAAUUUCCACCAGCAAACAUGAGUGGUGUUCCAGGGGCUUGCUCAUAUACGGCAGGCACUGUACCGUCUGCUGCAACUUACUGA